AAACGAAACCCAAUCACCUUAACGGCGCUCCUUCUUUUCAUGUCCUCCGUCUACUCCGCUCCGUUUCCGUCAACUUGACGCCGUCCAUGGCCUCUUGUGGCGAUGACUUUUCCCUCCUCGACGACCACCAAAACCCUAACCCCGCCCAACCCCCAACCGCCUCCGCCACCCAAACCCCACCCCCACCCUACCAGAUCAACCCGUACGACCACGACUCCGAUCCAUUCGAUUCCGAGCCCGAUCCGAAUCCGAUUUCCGGAAAGCGCCUCAUCGAUCGGGAUGAAAUCCACAGCGGAACGCCGAAGAGGUCGAGAUUGCCUUCGUCGGGAGGGAGCGGGGACUACAGGAAGGAUCGGGAGGAGUGGAGUGAUACGGCGAUCGGAUGUUUGCUCGAGGCGUAUAGCGAGAAGUUUGUGCAGUUGAAUCGGGGGAAUUUGCGAGGAAGGGAUUGGGAGGAGGUGGCGGCGAUGGUGAGCGAGAGGUGCGAGAAUCAGACGAAGAGCGUCGAGCAGUGUAAGAACAAGGUUGAUAAUUUGAAGAAGCGGUAUAAAUUGGAGAGGCAUCGGUUGAGCAGCGGCGGCGUUGCUGCGAGUCAUUGGCCGUGGUUCAAGCAGAUGGAGCAGAUCGUCGGCAAUUCUCUUGCCGCUAAAGCUGCUGCGGAGGAGGAGAAGUCGUCCGUCGGCGUUGGUGCGUCCUAUUCCGCUAGACAAUCCAAAAGGCUAGGAACAUCGAUCAACAGUACCAGUGUUCAAAUUAACAACGCCAAAUUGAAGCCAUCGAACAAUCUCAGACGACGAAGAGUGGUGUUCAAAAUUAGCGGUGCUGCUCUAGCUGGAAGUGCUGCUGCCCCAAACAAUGUAGAUCCAAAGGUGGCAAUGUUGAUUGCAAAAGAAGUUUCAUUAGCUUGCUUUGCUGGAGUUGAGGUGGCUAUAGUUGUCGGUGGUAGAAACUUCUUCUGUGGAGAUACAUGGGUCACCUCAACUGGAUUUGAUAGGUGCACUGCAUAUCAAAUCGGAAUGAUGGCGACGAUGAUGAACUCCAUACUGCUUCAAUCCACACUAGAGAAAGCAGGCGUGCAGGCACGUCUGCAGAGUGCAUUCUCCAUGCCUGAGGUUGCUGAGCCUUACAGCCGUCAACGAGCGAUCCGGCAUCUUGAAAAGGGAAGGGUUGUAAUAUUCGGUGGCAUUGUAGCAGGCACCGGGAAUCCACUCUUCUCCACAGAUACAGCUGCAGCAUUUAGAGCAUCCGAGAUUCAUGCUGAUGCUGUCCUGAAAGGUACAAAUGUGGACGGCGUCUACAUUUGCGACUCUAGAAAUAACAGCGUUACGGCAGAGCACAUUUCUUUCCGGGAAUUGGCUUCCUGGGGCACGUCCCCUAUGGAUAAGAUGGCCGUGACAUUCUGCGAGGAGAAUGGAAUUCCAGUUGGCAUAUUUAAUCUUCACGAGCCGGGAAACAUCUCGAGGGCGCUGUGUGGACAACGAGUUGGAACGCUUAUCGAUCAAACAGGCCCUGUAAGUUGAUUGUGUGUGCAUUUUUAAUUAAAUUACGGUUUUUCCGUAUGUUGUGUGAUUGUUCCUUAGGUCACUAAAUAGAUACAUAGAUUUGUUUGUACAAUAUAUAUAUAUACAUACAUACAUAUGCAUAUACAAAGCUCCUAAUGCAGUGCCUAAUGUGAUUGUUGUC